GGCCGGACUAAUUGUGUUUUCCAGUCACAGAUAUUGGAGAGGGUCCAAUCGGAUCGCGUGACGGUGACGAAGCCCGAAGAGGAUCGCCGCCGAAGGACUAUAAUAGUGGAGAAAAAGAACGGCACGUUCGGAUUCACGCUUCAAAGUUAUGGAAUCCAUUACAAGAAGGAGCAGGAAAUCGAGAUGAUAACGUACGUGGAUUACGUGGACUACGAUGGACCUGCUUACAGAGCCGGAAUGAGAGAGGGCGACGUCAUCCUAUCCAUCAACGGCAGCGACAUGGAGAAGGCAGAUCACAAGACCUUAGUGAAUUUCAUUAAGAAAUGCGACGCGAGGAUGCGGAUGGUCGUGCUGUUCGAAGAUUGCGUUCGAAAGGUGGAGCUUCAUAUGAGGUAUAUCCAGCUGCAGAGGAUUCUGCAGAGCAAGAUGAACGAGCUGGAGAAGCUUUGUCUGCGCGAACGUCAGCUGCUGGAGGGCAAGUGGAAAACGCACAGUUUGCCGGCGCGGAAGAAGGCUUCCCAUGCGAAGGUUGUAGACGAGACGUCGACGCCGACGCAGGCGAAUUAUUCGUACUGCAGGCCGACUGUAUCCACGGAAGACGUCGCCGCGAAAGCUCAACAGAAACCCGCACAGCCGACGCUCAUUUUAGCCUACCAGUAUUUGGAUCCUCACUACAGGUACAUGCUUCAACCUUCCACGAGCAAUUCGGGCGAGUAUCUGCUGACUUUCGAGCAGCCCAGAUACCAAGGGGACCAGCACCAUUUCAUAGUGAAGACGCCGUGCGAGAAGCCGAAGAUGCAAUCGAACGUUGGUCCUACAGCGAAGACGAAAAAAGCGCACGAACAUUCGUACACGAAUCAGCUGUGCAACCCCUGCAUCCAACCGAACCACAACGCCGACAACACCAGCUUAGAAGCUUACGAUCUGGCGAGUCCCUGCUGUGAUCCCCAUUGUGUGCCAUCCUCGCGUAGACGCUCCAGACACAAGGAGCAUAGAAAAAGAGACUCCAAGACGGAAGAGACUCAGACUGAGCCGCAGCAGCAUCAACAUCAACGAACGAGACCGCAUUCCACGUCUUCCCAAACGCAAACCCAAACGCAUUCUGCGCCUCGAAGGUACUUCCAGUUCGGUGCAGGCCUGGUGAGCCAGUGCAGUCUUCACUCGUGCACCUCGAGCGAACUAAGCGGAAUGGCUCCGACAACCGUCGGCGAAAGCUCCACCAGCUACACCACUUCCUUGAGCACGGACACCCUCUACUGGGACGGCUCGGACAUGAACUCUUCGCGACAGCUCUCGGUGAAAUCCCAGAAGCAAUACGAACCCAUCUACGUGCAAUACAACCAGGUCAAACCGAAAUCAUGGGACAACCUUGCCACGAAAGCCUUCGGUGGUUACGGCUUCGGGUACGGCUACGUCGACUCUGCAAAAACCAAGCGCGCUCAAAAGACACAAUACGUGCGAACGGAGAAACAUCAACAGCAGCAGCAGCAGCAGAUGAUCUACACUCCGCACACGCAAAGGAAAUACGUGCAGACGAAAUCCACGGAGAGCCUUCUGGGCGUUCCGAAAUACGCGAGCGAAGCAUGCGAAUUCAACGAGGACGCGUCUCCUGGUCACGAUACGGCCGAAAGCAGAUUCUUCCAGAGCCCCAGGCAGAGCGUCACCAGUCCCAGCGACCCAAACUUCGGCUACUACAGCGCCCGAAGGACCCAAACCUACCCGAGAGUGGUUUCAACCAGCUCCGAAGCCACCCGCCUCUAAAUACACCCCCCUCAAUUACAUCUUUUAUAUACCAAAAACAAAAACAAACACCCAGAAAAUGCCUCUCGAUAUUUAGGCCUUACUACCGUUAAUCUCAGUAUUGUUAGCGUAAUCAAAUCGUUUCCUUCUUUUCGUAAACUAGUUUAAAUUUAACAUUGAAACGGCAAAAUCGAAGAUUUAAUUCACAUAUCACACAUAAUUCGAUUCCGUUGGUCGAAUAAUAAUAGAAAACGAACGACCACCCUCUUUGCUCGAACGUUAAAUUUUCGCUUACUUAAUCUUAAGCUUGCGAAUUGUACUCGGGGCCAGCUCUUAUAAAUAAUAAUAAAAAAAGUAUAAGAUGUAAACCUCAAGAAUUGUAACUGCUGAUGCUGAUCUUUCCAAUUUUGUCAAGUAUUAUUAUCAUCGUCGUUCGAUGAAUGAAUGGGUUGUUGUUGCUGUUGUUCUUUCGAAGUGAUUCAAAAACGUGUUUCAACGAAUCUUAGAUAGUAUACGGACAAUAAUUAGACGCGCCAAUCGUAAUGUUUCCAGGUUCGUGGGCUAACAAUUCUCUCCAAGACCAAAGACACUCUCACAAAACAAACAAACAAAAAAAAAUACAUCAUUUGUUGUUCA